AUGACUACCGGCGAUGGUGCGUCGGGAGCGGUAGACAACACCGGCGGCGCCAUCACGGCAGAGAGCGCGCCGAUUUUUGCUGAGCCCAGCGCGGGGGACGAGCAGGGUCGCCGCCGCGAGCUUCUUACUAAGAAAGAUACAGAGACUCGAAGAAGCAGAGCUGCGAGGCUGAACGUCCGGGCAAGCUUGAGGAAUGCAAUCGUUUGGGCUAUUGAUCCAACAGCUGCAAAGUGCAACUCCAAGCAGCACGGAAGGGGGGGGGUGGGGAGGGGGGGAAGGUUGGAAGCAUGUAGUAGUGGCGGGGAAAGACGAGAGGGCUUCUUCUUGCUGCAAUAG